CUCCCAAAGUGCUGGGAUUACAGGCAUGAGCCACUGUGCCCGGUAACGUUAUUUUACUAAAUCCUGUCUCUGAAUGCAAGGGAUACCUGGCCUGUUUUUAUUCACCAUCACUGUAGGUUGCUGAGUAAAUGCUGAAUUAAUGAAUGCAUCACUGAAUAAGUGACUGAUUGCCUUCACACAGUGAGUGCUGGGCUGGGAUCCUCCGUGAAUCUGGGGAGGUCAGGAGGUUUGCAAAGACAGGACGAGUCUGGGGUGGGGAGAUACCCAGGCUAGGCUGGCGCUCAGGGGAGAGGACAGAAGUGAGGGGACUUAAUUAGCACCUAGAGAUAUGCCUGGCUCUACCUAAGACUCUCAGUUAACCGUCUAAAGUAGGGACACUUUAUUGCCAUUGCACAGGUAGGGAAACUGAGGCCCAAGGGCAUUAACCCUGACCUGGCCUGGAGCCAACAGAGGAAACCCUGUAGAGUUUGACGCACAAAUAUUUAUAGAGUUCCCACUAGGCUCCCCGACCGUCCCUAGGAGCCGAGCUGCCCCUUGACCCAUUCCAGGGCUCAGUUUCCCCGCCCACACUUCGCCCCCGCCUCAUGGGAUUCUAAACUGUCGCCGCAACGUGGGAGUUGAACGGAAACUACAACUCCCGAGAGGCCGUGCGGCCAAAGACACACGAGAACUACGGAGGGAGAGUCUCGCGCAGCAAGCUGCCGCUCUCGCAAGGCUCGGGCUGCCCUUGGCGCUGCCGAUCCCGGAAGUUGCUGCAUUCAGGCGUUCGCCGACGACAGCCCAGCGCGGGGCGGGGUUACGUGGAGGGGGCCUGAUUGGAAGUCGGCGCAGGCGCAGUCCGCGCGGGUUCUCGCGCGCAAAACGGGUGCGAGCGGCGGCGAUGGACGACGAGGAGGAGACGUACCGGCUCUGGAAAAUCCGCAAGACCAUCAUGCAGCUGUGCCAUGACCGUGGCUACCUAGUGACCCAGGACGAGCUUGACCAGACACUGGAGGAGUUCAAAGCCCAAUUUGGAGACAAGCCGAGUGAGGGGCGGCCGCGGCGCACUGACCUCACCGUGCUGGUGGCCCACAACGAUGACCCCACCGACCAGAUGUUUGUGUUCUUUCCAGAGGAGCCCAAGGUGGGCAUCAAGACCAUCAAGGUGUACUGCCAGCGCAUGCAGGAGGAGAACAUCACGCGUGCCCUCAUCGUGGUGCAGCAGGGCAUGACGCCCUCCGCCAAGCAGUCCCUGGUCGACAUGGCCCCCAAGUACAUCCUGGAGCAGUUUCUGCAGCAGGAGCUGCUCAUCAACAUCACGGAGCACGAGCUGGUCCCUGAGCACGUCGUCAUGACCAAGGAGGAGGUGACAGAGCUACUGGCCCGAUAUAAGCUCCGAGAGAACCAGCUGCCCAGGAUCCAGGCGGGCGACCCUGUGGCGCGCUACUUUGGGAUAAAGCGUGGGCAGGUGGUGAAGAUCAUCCGGCCCAGCGAGACGGCGGGCAGGUACAUCACCUACCGGCUGGUGCAGUAGCCGCCACCUGACAGCCCCUAGAGGCAGACACACAGUGACCCCCAUCCGUGCAGGACAGACGCCCCUGCCUGAGUCCAGCCCCCCAGCUCUCAUGGCUGCUGCUCCUCUGGACACCCCAAGGCAGGUGGCUUUCACCCAAGUUCUCCCGUCCUGGGCUGAGGCCCAGCCGGCCCCGUUCACCUGUGGAUUUGUGCAAGCUGCAGCCUCAGAGAGACAAAGCCCCUGAGGGAGGUCACCUGGGGGCAGUUGGUGCUCGGCCCCCUCUGUUGGGGGUUUGGGGUCCCGGUCUCCCACCAGCCACUGCUUCCUCCCGGGCUCUCAGCCUUCUACCCCUUGUCUUCCCUUCCUCGGGGGCCCUGAUGCGUGGUGGCCCCCGCCCAGCCUCAGCUCUUUACUCCAUUCCCGGCUGUGCACACCCUCAAGCCACCAGGGUGUGAGAUUCCAGCUCUGGAGUUUUCGGUGGUUGUAGGAGGUUGGGUGUUUUCAAACGUUAAAGAUGUUUUGAGCAAAUAAAUUUGCUUGAUAUGAAAA